UGAGCCAGUCACAUCACCGAAUUCAGCCAUAUCGAAGCCAGCAACAGGCGAGAAAAAAGUUUCUGAAACGAGCAAAAAAGAAGAUAAAGUUAAAAAAGAUGAGAAACAGUCGAAAGACGACAAAUCCAAAGAAAAGGAAAAGGAGAACGAUAAAGGAAAAAUCGUCGAGAAAGUGAAGGAAAAGGACAAAUCAAAACUCAAAGAAAAGGAUAAGCAGCAAAAAGUGAAGGAAAAAGAAAAGGAUCGAGAAAAAGCAACAAAAGAAAAAUCGAAAGAAAAAGAAAAACAAAAAGAAAGAGAAAAAUCAAAAGAAAAACUGAAAACAAAGGAGAAGGAUGCCGCUGUUCAGAA